UUUACAUUAUGCAGAUUAUUCUAUACUUGGUGUUUAUAAUACAGUAAGAUAAUUAUGUGUUUUUGUUCACAGGCUCUAUUGCAUGAGCACUGCGGUUUGUUUUUUGUGCCUUUGUCAUUGGCCAUGUUGAACGAUGAUUCUGCAACCUGUAAGAAAAUGACGGCUCUGGCCAUCAAGUCUCUGCUGAGUCAGCUGGAUUUGCAGCAUCAAAAUUCCAUGUUUAACCUGGUUAACACCUGGCUUACGGGCGAGAAGGUGGCUCUGAGGCGACUUGGAGCUCAGGUUUGUGGGCUGUUUGUGGAAUUUGAAGGGGAAAAGUUCAACCGGAGACUGGAUGUCCUGAUACCUCUCAUUGAGAAAGAGAUCCAUGCUUCCAACUUUGUGGACAUUGAGGAAGAGGAGGAUGAGAAGGCUGCAGACAGACUGCUCUUUUGUUACCUCACGCUCGUCGUCAUACUCAUCAAAGAAUGCAGUUUUUUGGAGCUCCACAAACCCGCAGACCUGCUCGACAGUCAUAUUGAUUCCCAUCUGCGUCACCCUCAUUGCUGGAACUGGCUGACGGCGUCUCAGAUCUUUGGUUUGCUGUUUGCUGCUCGUAACCCAGAGGAGCUCUUGGCCUUAUGGAGCUCUCAGGAGAACAUGAAAACGACGGAUAACAUGGAGGAGAAUGAAGGGGAAGAAGAAGAGGAAGAUAAGAAGCAGGAGCUUGAGGAGCAACAGAAUGAGAACAAGCCUCCAUCUCUCCUCUGGGUGAUGAAGAAGCUUUCAUUACUGGCCAAAAGAGAAGCAGCAGACACGCCGAAAGUACCUUUGAAGAGAACUUGUGUUUUUAAGUUCUUGGGAGCCAUAGCUGUGGAUCUCGGAAAAGAUCGACUUGGGCCGUAUCUGACCACUAUCAUCGCUCCUCUCUACAGAGAGCUGGACAGCACAUACGCAGACCAAGACCCCACACUAAAGAAUCUGGCUCAGGAGUUGAUUGAGUUGUUGAAGAAGCUGGUCGGUCUGGAGCGAUUCUCUCUGGCUUUUGCCGCAGUGCAGAAAGAAGCCACUCAGAGACGAGCUUCACGCAAGAAAGCCAAAGCCAUACAGACUGUUGUAAAUCCUGACAUUGCUGCCAGAAAGAAGGUAAAGAACCAUGCGUGA